AUGGCUAGAAAUGGGGAUGAAUCUGAUGAAGAAACGCCAGAAAAAGAUAAGGACUAUGAUGCCUUGAACAAGAAAGACCAAGGUGAACCAGAAGAUAUAGCUAAUGACGAGUAUUUGCGUCGACUUGAUGAGUUUGAGGAGCUGGCUGAUGCUGCUGCCCUUCUCGGAGUUGAUACUAAUCAUCCUACAGAGGAGUCAGGUAGCAAGAAAGGCAAGGGUAGGGGAAGGGGAUCAGGAAAAGCUAGGGGUCCGACAAAAGGGCUAGGAAAGACCGGGCCCAUGUUCCUGCAGUUUGACAGCCUUUUGCGUCCAUCCGGCAAAUGGAGAUUGAAGUAUGGUCAACAGAUCGGUUUGUGUAGUCGCAAGUUGAAUAUUAAUUGGGAUUGGCCAAGUGUUAGUCAAGGUUUAAGGAGUAAAUUAUGGGAGGACACAAUGGCAAGAUUCCACCUUGAAGAUGAUCCAGUAAUCAAAAAGAAUUUCCUCUCUAGUGUAGCUAAGAGAUUCAGGGACUUCAAGGGAAAGCUAGUGAGUGGCCAUAUUAUUUUUACAAGAAAGUUGAGCAAAAAUGAGGUCAAUCGUCAACCAUAUGAGAUUUGGAAAAACAUCCAACGAGAAGAUUGGGAGACAUUUAUAAAGUCAAAAACAUCUGACAUAGCAGUGGUAAGUUUAUAUUUCACUAUUUUGUAUGAUGUGUAUAAUUGGCUAUGGUAUGAAACUAACGUAAAAAUUUAUGUUUGUUAGCUUAAGCGUCAAAAGGCACAAAAGAGUGCAAAAUCGAAUGAUAAUCCUCAUCACUUGGGACAAUAUAACUAUGAGGAUGCUCGGAAAAUAUGGAUCCACGAGGGCUUUUACCCAAAUUCUGAACAAAAUCGAGGUGAUGAUUGGUAUUGUUCAAUGCAUAAGAAAGACAAA